CCGUAUAUCCACCGCUGUAACGCUAUUGAACAAACUAUAAUCAAAAUUUAUCUUUAGGCGGCCAGAGAGUUUGGGCUUCCAGGAUGUGAGAGCAUGGCCGGGCGCCAUAGCAGCAGACGGGAGCGCCAGGUCAACAUAAGAUAUGGCGGUUAAUCCUGAGGCGCGCGCAGGGGAUGCGUCCGGGACAACAUAAAUUGUAGACACCAGCUCGACCCGUCGAAAGUGGCAUCAUACCGCCCAGAAGGGGGAGAGAGGAAGCAAGAAAGGCCGAGCAGGAGAAAGAAAGGGUGAGAGGGCGAGAUGGCAGGGAUGGGGGAUGGGUACGUGGGCACCGCCCUGGACGCGGUGAGGAUCCGGCGGCUGGAGAAGCAGCGCGAGCCUGAGCGGCGCAAGAUUCAGGAGCUCGAGAACAAGUCCGCCGCCGGCGGCGGCGGCAGCCAGACCAGCCUCCUCCAGUUCGGCUCCGGCACCUCGGAGAUUCUUGAGACUGCUUUUAAAAAGGAAACAGUUGGUCUAGUUACAAGAGAACAAUAUGUUGAGAAGAGGGCUAACAUCUGGAAUAAAAUUGAGGAAGAAGAGAAGGAGAAGCUUCAAAAAUUGCAACAAGAGGAAGAAAAGCUUCAGUUUCAAAAACGGAAAAAGCGGAGGAUAAAGGGAGAUGCACGGCUAUCCUUUGCUGAUGACAUUGAAAAUGGAAGUAACGAAGAAGAUGCAGAAAAUAAAGAAAAUCAAGCAAUGAAAAAGUUUGGCCACGGAAAACUCGGGAAGGACCCAACUGUUGAGAUGAGCUUUUUACCUGACAGGGAGAGAGAAGCAGAGGAACAAGCAGAACAGGAGAGAUUACGGAGGCAGUGGCUUCAUGAACAGGAGUUGAUUAAAAACGAGCCUCUGCAAAUUACUUAUAGUUACUGGCAUGGAGCAGGCCACAGGAGAGUGAUCCAGGUUCACAAAGGUGAUACUGUUGGAGAAUUCCUUCGAGCUGUUCAGCGGCAACUCGCACCCGAGUUUCGAGAGAUACGUACAACAUCAGUGGAGAAUCUUCUCUAUGUGAAAGAAGAUCUUAUCAUUCCUCAUAAACACAGUUUCUACGAGUUAAUUAUCAACAAAGCAAGGGGAAAAAGUGGACCGCUUUUCCACUUUGAUGUUCAUGAGGAUGUGAGAACAAUUGCUGAUGCAACAAUAGAGAAAAAUGAGUCUCACGCUGGAAAGGUUUUUGAGAGGCACUGGUACGAGAAAAACAAGCAUAUCUUCCCUGCCUCAAGAUGGGAGAUAUAUGAUCCAACAAAGAAGUGGGAGCGAUGCACGAUUCAGGCGAUUGAACUAGAAAAUGGAUUUAAGCCAUGACUAACUUGCUGAGUCAAGUCAUAUUUAUCAGGAAAAGAAAGCCUGUUUUCCUACAGAGGCUCUGAGACUGAAAGCCUUUUUUCUCUUAUGCUGAAUGCCGCAGUACUUUCUAACCGUUUAAGUGGUACUGAAGAUUGCAGAUGGAUUUGUAAAAUUGUUUUGCUGGUAACCCUGUAAUAUAGUAGACAUUAAAUUAAAAUGUCAUGUUACUUGACUUUCUUGAAGCUCCUACAAAAAUGUAGCAGUCUUCGUUUCCU